AUGGCUUCCUUACGAACUCAUUUUCGGUCUUUCGCCCAAGCUCCUCGCCGGUUCUACUCUGGAGCUCCCACUCCGGCGGCAAAGCUGAACCUACCUGUUGACUACAAAACCACUCCAAUUUUACACCACACCUCGUCCUCCUUGUCAAAUACAGAGUACCCUGCAGGCGCCACGAGUAAACGACUCAACCUCUACCAAGCGAUCAAUUCGGCAUUGCGCACAGCACUAUCCAAAUCCGAUCGAACUAUCGUGUUUGGCGAAGAUGUUGGGUUUGGUGGUGUCUUCCGAUGCACAAUGGAUCUCCAAACCGAAUUUGGGUCGGAUAGAGUGUUCAACACCCCCUUGACGGAACAAGGCAUUGCGGGUUUCGCAAUUGGAGCGGCUGUGGAAGGGAUGAAGCCUAUAGCUGAGAUCCAAUUCGCCGACUACGUGUUUCCAGCGUUCGAUCAGAUCGUGAAUGAGGCGGCCAAGUUUCGGUAUCGAGAAGGUGGGACAGGCAUUAAUGCUGGAGGUCUCGUCAUCCGCAUGCCGUGUGGUGCGGUUGGACACGGUGCUCUGUACCACUCUCAAUCGCCAGAGUCACUCUUCGCACAUAUCCCCGGUUUGCGAGUAGUCAUGCCACGCUCCCCUGCUCAAGCAAAGGGACUCCUUCUGUCUUCUAUCUUUGAGCACAAUGAUCCGGUGGUGUUUAUGGAGCCCAAGAUCCUCUACCGUGCAGCCGUGGAAUAUGUCCCGAAUGAAUACUACACCAUUCCACUCAGUAAGGCUGAGGUCAUCAAACCAGGCAAGGACUUGACCAUCAUUUCAUAUGGACAGCCUCUUUACCUGUGCUCUUCUGCUAUCUCUGCUAUCGAGAAGGCUAUGCCGGGUGUCAGUGUGGAACUUAUUGAUCUGCGAACCAUAUAUCCCUGGGAUAGGCAAACUGUCAUCGACAGUGUCAAAAAGACUGGUCGAGCCAUUGUCGUGCAUGAGAGUAUGGUCAACUACGGUGUGGGUGCAGAGGUUGCAUCGACGAUACAGGAAAGUGCCUUCUUGCGUCUUGAAGCCCCCGUCAAGCGAGUUGCUGGGUGGAGCACACAUACUGGGCUGAGUUACGAACAAUUCAUUCUGCCCGAUGUUGCAAGAAUCUACGACGCAAUUAAACAAACACUUGAAUAUUGA